GUUUUAAAAUAUGAGUGGUAGCAAAAGUCCAUUCUAGCCAAAUGAUUUUUAUUUUAAAAUAGUACAAUGAGCAUUGAGCACCUGUGUCCAACAUCCACCCACUGACCUUCUAUAUAUGUGUGACGAUGGGUUGGAGAAUUGUUACUCUGAUGCUUCUUGUGCCAUUCAUGAUUUCUUCCGGUUCUAUUGUCAAGAACCUGCCGGGUUUUGAUGGUCAACUUCCAUUCAACCUUCAAACUGGAUACAUAGGAGUGGGAGAAGGUGAAAAGGUGCAAAUAUUUUACUAUUUUGUGGAGUCUCAAACAAAUCCCCUCAUUGAUCCUGUUUUACUUUGGUUUGUUGGAGGUCCAGGAUGCUCUGGCCUUUCCGCAUUCUUUUUUGAAAAUGGGCCUUUAACAAUGGGUGACGAUUACAGUGACAACCUUCCAAACCUUAAAUUGAAUCCAUAUGGUUGGACACAUGUUGAAUAUGAUUUACAUAGAUAUUCCAGUUGGGACUGGAUUUUCUUACUCCCAAACGCAACAAGGCUACUACAGCAGUGAUACACUAUGGGUGGAUCAUGCAUAUUCUUUUAUACAAAAGUGGCUUGUUGUUCAUUCAAAGUUUAGCUCAAAUCCAUUUUAUAUUGGUGGUGGCUCAUAUUCAGGAAUAAUUACGGGUCCUCUUGUUCAAAAAGUAUAUCAAGGAAACCAAGCAAGACAUGUGCCACACAUAAACAUCAAAGGUUAUGUGAUUGCAAGCCCAUCUGUUGACACACAUCAGAUUUAUAGCACACAAGUUUUAUAUGCUUACCAUAUGUCUCUAAUACCAAAAGAACUUUAUGAGUCGCUGGAAGAAAAUUGUAAGGGUAAUUAUGUGAACAUCGAUCCAGACAACACAAAGUGUGUCUCAGAUUAUAAAGCUUAUUCUGAGCUAGUUCGUUAUAUAAACCAACAACAAAUUUUAGAACCUCUCUGUAUGACUACACCUGCUGUGAACCAAUUGAUUCAACAACCAGUUCAAGAUGAUCAAGAAUUACGGUGUAGAAGUUAUUAUCAUAUUCUUGUGAACAUAUGGGCAAACGAUGAAAAUGUAAGGAAAGCCCUUCAUAUAAGAGAGGGAACUAAAGGGGAGUUCUUGAGAUGCAACAAAACUUUGGAAUACACACAAAAUCUACAACCUAGUGUUAUAGAUUAUUAUCGCAAUCUCACCAAUGCCAAUAUCCAAGCUCUCGUUUAUAGUUCUGAUCUUGACAUGGCAAUACCACAAGUGGGUACACAAGAAUGGAUAAAGUCAUUGAAUAUGAGCAUACAUGACAAAUGGCGUGCAUGGUUUGUUGAAGGUCAAGUUGCAGGAUUCACGGAAAUAUACAAAAUGAAACAAGACCAUUACUUAACAUAUGCGACCGUAAAGGGUGCUGGACAUGUGGCCCAGACAUUUAAGCCCAAGGAAGUUUAUAAUUUGAUCAAGAGGUGGUUUUCAUUUUCUCUUAUCUAAUUAUUCUUGUGCUAAGCAGAGAAAGGGAAACAUCGCAAUUCGAAUUUUGUCUAGGAGAUAAAUAAAGUCUGGUUGUUCCAUCUAAGAUCUAAAUUGGAAAUCUCCCCAACAAUUUUCUCUUAUCUAUUGAUGGAGAAUAAAUUUUAAGGUUCAACAGUUCCAAAAACAGCUUUAUUAACAACAUGUUUAAGAUUCCCUUCGGAAAUAGGUGAAGUACUUGAACUCCAAACAAACAAACAUGUGUAACUCUUUGUUAUUAGGUCCAUUACCGCUCCCACCACCAAUGCUAUCUUUCUUCUUUCUUC